AUGUCUUUUUUUGGGUUAAAACUUGCCAUGUUGGAAUUGACAUUUCGGUUGGAGAUGCUCUUAGAACAACAUUUUCAUCCAUUUGCCACGUUGGCUGCUGACGUCACAAUAACGUCAGCAUUAGGUCAGCUUGUCCACGCAGCAGCCCAGACAAGUCUUGCCUUUGGGCUUGCCCAAAUUGGUAGAGCCCAGCUCUUGCCUUGCCAAGACUUGAGCGUUGGAAACACAUUAGGAAACCUGGGGUCCUAG